AUGAUCUCGACAUUAGCGCUUGCAGGCGGGUCGGGCCUGACGACGCUUUCGGCGGUGGGGCUGUACAUGCUUCUCACAGGCAACGGAGAAUCGUUCAACAUCGGCGCUUUCCUCGAAGAGACGUCGCCCUAUGCGUGGGCGAUGAUCGGCAUCGGACUCUGCAUUGGGCUGUCCGUGGUUGGUGCUGGGUGGGGCAUCUUUAUCACUGGCGCGUCGAUUUUGGGUGCCGGUGUGCGCGCUCCUAGGAUCACCACCAAGAACCUCGUCUCGAUCAUCUUCUGCGAAGUCGUCGCAAUCUACGGCGUGAUCAUGGCCAUCGUCUUCUCCGCUAAGAUCACAGGCAAUCUCGAGGCAGGCACCGAUGGUCUGUGGUCUCCCAACAACUACCUCACCGGUCACGUUCUCUUCUGGGGAGGAUUGACGGUGGGCAUGUGCAACCUGUGCUGCGGUGUCGCCGUAGGCAUCACGGGGAGCAAUGCGGCCAUCGCCGAUGCUGCCGAUCCCCAGCUGUUUGUUAAGAUUCUGAUCGUCGAGGUGUUCAGUAGCAUUUUGGGGUUGUUCGGGCUGAUCGUGGGGUUGAUCAUGACGGGGGCUGCGGAGGAGUUCAAGUAG